UUUUUUGUUUUUUUUUUUUUAACCAGCUGCUGCCGGGAACACGUUGCAGUUAGGAUUUUCGUUGGCGUUUUGUAUUGGAAAGAAUUUUUUUCAAAUCUGAUAAGCAAUUAGCCAGAAUUUAUAAACAAAAACAUGGCUAAUGUCGAAAGAAAGGGCACUUUCAAGGUGGAAUACCUUCAACAAAUUGAGCGUGAUAUGCAAAAGCGCUGGGAGAGUGAACAUGUCCAUGAAACGGAUGCACCGUUAGAACCACGGGAAAGAUUGGAUGAAAAAUUUUUUGUCACAUUCCCAUUUCCCUAUAUGAAUGGUCGCCUACAUUUAGGUCACACAUUCUCACUGUCUAAAGCAGAAUUCGCUAUGCGUUAUCAUCGUUUAAAGGGGAGACGUGUACUAUGGCCUUUUGGUUUCCAUUGUACCGGCAUGCCUAUCAAAGCUUGCGCUGAUAAAUUAAAACGUGAACUGCAAGAUUUUGGUUAUCCACCAAAAUUUCCUACUGAAGAGGCAACGGCUGUUGUCGAGGAGCCGCAACAAGGUGAAGUACCGAAAGAUAAAUCGAAGGGUAAGAAAAGCAAAGCUGUAGCCAAAACAGCUGCCGCCAAAUAUCAAUGGCAGAUUAUGCAGAGCCUAGGAUUGAAGGAUGAUGAAAUUAAGAAUUUCGCUGAAGCAGAGUAUUGGUUGAACUAUUUUCCGCCUUUAGCCAUACAGGAUCUGAAAAGUUUGGGCUUACAUGUGGACUUCAGGCGCACAUUUAUUACAACCGAUGCAAAUCCCUUUUUCGAUUCUUUUAUACGCUGGCAGUUUUUGCAUUUGAAAAAUCGCGGUAAAGUAAUGUAUGGCAAACGUUACACUAUUUACUCGCCCAAAGACGGCCAACCAUGCAUGGAUCACGAUCGUUCAACCGGUGAAGGUGUGGGACCACAAGAAUAUACAUUGAUUAAAAUGAAGGUUCUCGAGAAACCGGCGAAAUUGAGUGCUGUCAACGCGCCCAUUUAUAUGGUUGCUGCUACACUGCGUCCAGAAACUAUGUACGGUCAGACGAAUUGUUGGUUACAUCCCGAUAUCAAAUACAUUGCCUGGCAAACUUCACGUUCCUCUGAGGUGUGGAUUAGUACCCGACGCGCUGCACGCAAUAUGUCCUAUCAAGGUUUUACUGCUGAGGAGGGCAAAGUUGUGGAAAUUGCUGAAUUGACAGGACAAGACUUAUUAGGCACACCCCUGGCUGCGCCAAUGACAUCACAUAAAGUCAUCUACACCCUGCCAAUGUUAUCGAUUAAAGAAGAUAAGGGCACAGGCGUAGUAACAUCUGUGCCUUCGGACUCUCCUGACGAUUAUGCUGCAUUGGUAGAUCUGCAGAAGAAGGAAGCUUUCCGUCAAAAGUAUGGCAUCAAGGAUGAGAUGGUUCUGCCAUUUGAACCAGUGCCUAUAAUAGAAGUGCCCACGUUGGGUAAGACUUGUGCGGUAUAUGCCUAUGAAAAGUUGAAGAUACAAUCACAAAACGACAAGGAUAAGUUGGCUGAAGCGAAAGAGCUUUGCUACUUGAAAGGUUUCUAUGACGGCAUUUUACUGGUUGGUGAAUUCGCCGGUCGCAAAGUGCAGGAUAUUAAGAAAGAUUUGCAGAAAAAACUGGUGGCUGCCAAUGAAGCUGAGAUUUACUACGAACCAGAGAAAACUAUUAUUUCACGUUCCGGUGAUCAGUGUGUAGUUGCGUUGUGCAAUCAAUGGUACCUGAACUAUGGCGAGCCCGAAUGGCAAGCACAAGUGAAAAAGAUGCUUAGCAAUAUGGAGGUGUACCACGAAGAGGCGCGUAAUAACUUCGAAGCCUGUUUGAAUUGGUUACACGAAUACGCCUGCUCACGCACAUAUGGCUUGGGUACUAAACUGCCAUGGGAUCAACAGUGGCUCAUUGAAUCGCUGUCUGAUUCCACAAUUUACAUGGCUUUCUACACAGUGGUGCAUCUCUUGCAAGCUGGCUCCUUUAGAGGCGAAAAACCGAGUCCUUUGGGCAUUACGGCAAAGGAUAUGAUACCUGAAGUCUGGGAUUACAUAUUCUUCAAAGACACACCAUACACCAAAACGCUGCCCGUGAAGAAGGAGGCACUCGACGUGCUGCGUCGCGAAUUUGAGUACUGGUAUCCAAUGGACUUGCGUGUGAGUGGUAAAGAUUUGACUAACAACCAUCUGACAUUUAUGUUGUAUAACCAUGCCGCUAUUUGGCACAAUGAUGAAGGCAAGUGGCCUUUGGGCACACGUGUUAAUGGCCAUCUCUUGCUGAAUUCUGCGAAAAUGUCUAAGUCUGAAGGCAACUUCCUCACGCUCUACGAAGCUGUUGCGAAAUUCUCAGCGGAUGGCACACGUCUCUGCCUUGCAGAUUCCGGCGAUAGCGUUGAAGAUGCCAACUUUGUUGUGAGCACAGCAGAUGCUGGUAUUCUCCGGCUAUACACCUUUAUUGAAUGGGUGAAAGAGAUGCUGGCAUCCCGGACGCUAUUGCGCAAGGGCGCUGCCAACACAUUCAACGACAAAGUAUUUAUUAGUGAAAUGAAUCUGAAAACACGUGAAACUGAUGAAAAUUAUCGUAAAAUGUUGUUCAAAGAAGCGCUGCGUAGCGGUUUCUACGAGCUACAACUGGCGCGUGAUAAAUAUCGUGAGCUGUGCGGCGCGCAGGGUAUGCAUGAAGAGUUAGUGCUCGAGUUCAUACGCCGUCAAGCGCUGCUGGUGGCGCCAAUUUGUCCACACGUCGCCGACUAUGUAUGGGGUCUGCUGGGCAAUAAAGAAUCCAUUGUACAUGCGCGUUGGCCCGAGGUUGGUGCAAUCAAUGAGAUUGAUAUAAAAUGCUCCGAGUAUUUAAUGGAGGCUGCGCAUGCGUUCCGUCUUAAUUUGAAGAAUUUAUUGCAAGUUAAGGGCAAGGGCGGCAAAGAGAAGGCAGUCGAUCCGACCAGCGCGAAACCGAAUAGCGCCUUGGUGUGGGUGGCGAAAACUUAUCCGUCAUGGCAAUGCUGUGUGUUGGAUACCAUGCGAGAAUUGUUUACGAAAGCUGGCAAGUUUCCCGAAAAUAAAGUUAUUGCGUCCACUUUGCAACAGAAGGAGGAGUUGAAGAAAUUCAUGAAGCGUGUCAUGCCCUUCGCACAAAUGAUACGCGAGAAGGUGGAGACUGGUAAGGGCGUAGAGGCGCUCGCCAUCAAUUUGGAGUUCGACGAGCGUCAAGUGCUGCUCAACAAUCUUGAUUAUCUGAAGAAUACAUUGGAUGUUGACAACAUUGAAAUCAAAUAUACUGAUGAUCCUACUGCACCGGAAAAGACGCGUGAAGAAGUGCGUCCGGGCUCACCUUUCAUAGUUUUCGCCAUAGCACCGAAUGUAACGGUGGAAUUAGUCAAUCCUAUAGAGCGUUCUGGCUUAUUUCAAGUGAACACUAUUGUUUGCGAAGGCGAAACGGUGAAGCAGUUAACUGAGAAGCUUGCCAAGCUCAUCAACUUCAAAGCGGACUUAUCAACACUGAAAAUUUGGCGUUAUAACGAUCCCGUGCUUGGGCCACGUCAACUUCCAGAAUUUCAAGAUUACCAAAAGGGCAAAACUCCACUCAGUGAGGGCACAUUUGUAUUGGAUGUAGAAAAGAAACAAGUCUCCGUGAAGGUGGAGGACAAAAUCGUCGAAGUUGGACGCCAUUUAAUCUAUGUGGUGGACUAGUUUCACCAUAUUGUAGAACACAAAACAAAAGUGCGUUAAUUUAUAAAAUGUAUUUCUUCUAUACUUCUACAUACUACGUUUUUAUAUAAACCGAAUUGUGGUGGAAGAAAAAUUGAUUUCAAUACAACUAAUUGCUGUUCAUAAAUUAGAUAUAUAAAACCGUGUAAGAUUUUGAAUUUGCGCUAAUUAAAUAUUAAGCUGUUACAGCUACAAAA